ACUGAUCUAGAUAGAUUGUGAGCUUCUAGUUUAUUGUCAAUUCCAUAAUGCAUUAUCAACCAAGCUAUCUAUAGUCAAAACUCUACUGAUUAAAACAAAACUCGAGUACAAUUUAACGAGACGUAUUUCUAACGAGGAUAUACAGAAAACACGGAGAGCUGUCAGGGUUCAGCACUGGACAGCUCCCAUCACAUUCAAACAGGCAGAACAGAGCCUGCUGAGCAGAGCACAGCGGAGCUGCAGCGAGGCUGAAACGGGAGUGAACCAAUCAGUCUCAUGCUUUAUAUGACCCUUCAUGGCAGCUCUGUGGGCACAGUCUAAUCACAGGCUUACAACCUCUUCGCUCAUUUCUGCACUACUCAGCAAAAGCUGGAGAUAAAAAGGAAAAAAAAUCUCAACAAAUCAGAAUAUAUAGUCUCUGAUUAGAUAAAAUAUAAAUUUAGCGUUAGACUGAGAAACAAAGCAACACAUAAAAAACGCAAGUUUCCAAACAAGCCUUAUGUUCAGUCUCUGCUGCUUUGAUAACCCCUAUAUAAAAUCUAGUGCAACAACAGACUUCAGUAGUCAUUUUUAUUAAUAAUUACUUUAUUAAUAAACGCUGUAUAUUAAUAAAUAGAGUUUACUAGAGUGUGUUUAAUUCUCAGUGUAAAUACAAUGUUUUUUUUAAGGCCGUAGAGGUUUUUCAGUGAACCUAAAUCAACAAGCAGCAUCAGAAUAACCAAGUAUUCAACAUGUCAUGGAUGCAUUUGUUGAGACAUUUAACUCCCCAACCUUUGAACUGCUCGUGGAGAGCUGUUCAGUCCAUCAUUCAAAAAUCAGACACAGUAUGCCACAACCUAAACUCCACCAACACCAUGGCGUGCAAGUAGCGAGCAUUAAUCAGAGAAUCAACCAAAAGUCUCAUGAUAACGCUGGAGGAUCGGCGGAAGAAUGAUUUGACAACAGUAACACUAAUACACAAGUAUGAGGAAACAUGGUGGGGGCAGCUGUAUUGUGAGGGGAUUCUUACUGUGAGCAAUGACAGGCGAGCAGAGUGGAUGAUAAGUGGAAAGGGGCAAACGCACAAAAAUCCUAGAGGAAAACCUGAUGUAGAUCACAAAAGAAAUUCGGAUGAAGCUUCGCGUUGCACUCAUACAACCAAACUAAACAUGUUGCAUAUACUGCCAGAGGUACGCACUAGUCUGGCAUGUCAAACUAUUAUGAUUUUGUUUUGACACUCGGUUCUCACUCGCUUUUAGUUGCGCUUGAGACGUUUCUUCAAUGAAAAGGACGUAGACUCGUAGGAAAACAGUUUGGAGAAUGCAUUCCUGUCAAGCGCCAAGAUUCCCCACAAAAGAAUCAUUCCGAACUGUCACCGUGAUGAUUCUGCGUCACGCAGUCCUCCGACAAAAGCUGUUUGGGAGCCUCAAAGGAGACGCUAGAUGGCAACCAAGCUGGGUGGUAGGUGCUGAGUGUCUGAGUGUGUGAGAUUGUGUGUAAGAGAAUAGGGACGAGGUGGGGAGCAUAAAUUACGUCGGCGUGGGACAGUGGAGGGACUGACGGUCUGCUCAUGGCAGCUUGCAGCUGGAGGCGAGCAGCAGAGAAGGAAAGCAACAUAACCGAGCGGAAUGGAAGAAAACUGAGCAGAGACGGUGUUGGACCACAGCUGGAUGCGAGGGGUUCCAAAUGAAAGUGUUUACACAGACAGAUUAACGUGACCAGGUGGGGGAUAGGUCUGCAGUGGAGAGGAAAAAGGGGGCGUGGGGGUGGGGGGAGAGAGAGAAAAAAGAUGCGCUGCGUCUCCCGUGACGCUGGCGCGCAGUUUGGGAACGGAGUCCGCGGCGGCGACGCGCUGACACCCCGCUUUUAGAUGGAGCCAACAUUUGGGGUGCAGCAAAACAGGUGUCAGGGAAGUGUCGUCACGAACCCCGGAAGCCGGAGGAGGAGGUGGGAACAUCAGAGAGAAAGAUGGCAGCGAAAUCCGAUGGUCGCGGGGUCGUCACCGGUUUCGCCCAGCUGCACAACCUGGACGAAGUGGUGGGGACGGGAGAGGACGACGCGCGGGACGGCAGCUCCUUCCACAUCUGCCACUGCUGCAACACCUCGUCGUGCUACUGGGGCUGCCGGAGCGCCUGCCUGCAUUACCUCAGGAGGAAGGGGAGAGGGAAGGGAAGGGAUGCGGGGCGACCACCGCAGGAGGAGCGCCUCUGGCUGGACUGCCUGUGGAUCGUCCUGGCGCUGCUGGUGUUCUUCUGGGACGUGGGCACCGAUCUGUGUCUGGCCGCCGACUACUACCACAAACGGAACUUCUUGUGGUCCAGCCUGACUCUGUUCUUCGUGCUGGUGCCCUCGGUCCUGGUCCAGAUCCUGAGCUUCAGGUGGUUUGUGCAGGAUUACACCGGCGGCGGACUGGGCUCCGUGGAGGGACUCAGCAGUCGGAGGGCUACGGCUAGUUUCCAGAGGGACAGGUGCUGUCGCCUGUCUGUCUGGGUCUGGCAGACCGUCAUUCACAUCUUUCAGAUGGGACAAGUGUGGAGGUACAUUCGCACUAUGUAUCUUGGGAUACAAAGUCACCGGCAGAAGGAGAACCAGAGGCGCUUUUAUUGGGCUAUGAUGUACGAGUAUGCUGAUGUCAACAUGCUGCGACUGCUGGAGACCUUCUUAGAGAGCGCCCCUCAGUUGGUGCUGCAGCUCUGCAUCAUGAUCCAGAGCAACAAGGCUGAGUGGCUGCAGUGUCUUUCUGCCAUGUCCUCCCUAACGUCCUUGGCCUGGGUGCUAGCCUCUUACCACAAGCUCCUCCGCGAUUCGCGUGAUGACAAGAAAAGCAUGAGUUACCGAGGUGCCCUGGUGCAUCUGUUCUGGCGCCUUUUCACCAUCUCUUCACGGGUGCUCUCCUUUGCCCUUUUUGCCUCAGUUUUCCACAUCUACUUUGGCAUUUUUGUGGUGCUCCAUUGGUGCGCCAUGGCUUUUUGGGUCAUCCAUGGCGGCACUGACUUUUGCAUGUCCAAAUGGGAAGAAGUACUGUUUAACAUGGUGGUGGGCGUGGUCUAUGUCUUCUGUUGGUUCAAUGUACGUGAGGGCCGGACGCGGUACAGAAUGGUGGUCUACUACACCGUUGUGUUGCUGGAGAAUGCCAUCCUGACCUCACUUUGGUAUGCAUACCGCGACCCAGCCACCACUGACGCCUAUGCCUCUUUUGCCAUCUGUGGCGUCUUCCUGUGCUUUGCCUCAGGUGUGGCCUGCAUGAUUCUCUAUUAUGGGGUCCUACACCCCAUGGGCCCCCGAAUGAGGAUGUUGGCUUCCUCCUGCUGUGCUGAGCUGUUAUGGGGCCUCCCGUUACCACCUGAAGCUGAGCCAAUGGCUCCCACACCUGGGCCUCGAGGCUCCCAGGCUACCCCUACACGAGGCGUGGCAGGAGAACAAAUGGGGUUAGACGUAACAGCUACAGACACAUGCCUUCCGGUUUUCCAAGUGAGGUCUACAGAACCUGUAGACUCAGCAGGCAGGCCCAUCCCGCCUGAGGGCCCGCUUAUUAAAAUAGACAUGCCCAGAAAACGCUAUCCAGCCUGGGACGCACACUUUGUUGAUAGGCGACUGCGCAGGACCAUAAACGUGCUGCAGUUUAUUAGCCCCAAUGCGGUGGGCAUCAGGUAUAGGGACGGUCCACUUCUCUAUGAACUUCUACAGUAUGAAUCCUCCCUCUGAAGGCCCUGUUCAUGAUUCUAUCCUCACCUUUUACACAGGAUGAUGCACACGCAUUUUGUUUCUCCUCAGAUGUUGCAUCUUUCCAUGUGUUCUCGGGCUCUCUUCAUCACUCCUCGAUAAUCUGAAAGUUUUCCAGUUUUCCAGGACAUAUUUUUUGUCAACCAAAAACCUGACAGACAAACGUUGAAGAAUUAUUUUUGGAGAAAAAAAAACACGCAUAGUACAGAGAGAAAAAGUUACAGUAUACUAUUUGAUAAAUAUAAUACAUAUAUAGAUAUAUAUGUCUCAGAUAAAUCUCUCUAUACUGAUAUAGGAGGCUUCUAAAUGAGUGUGUAGAUAACAUAUGAAUGUUUCAUUAUGAAAUGUGUUUAUGUGUUAUACUGUGUUGGUGACUCAACCUGUGGAUAUUUGUGAAGGGCAUAUUGUGUGUCUCUCUGACAUGGGACUGGUGCAAAACCUUAUGGGAAUGAUGGAGGAGAGUCUCAGAGGGGCCAGAUCUUUGCAUACCCCUAAAUUUACUGCCAUUUUCUUUGUAACUCACUGAAAUAUAUGAAACACAUAAUGUUUACUAAGUCCUUAGCCUAUUAAUAAAAUAUGCUUAAAAACAACAUGGGUGAUACUUCAAGAGGUAAUUCUGAGAUCUUCUUUGUUAUAUGUUUUAUUUUUUCCUUUUUGUUCACGUGAACUGUAUUUUUUAUUUUUUUUAUUUAGAUUCAAAAUGCGUUUAAAUUCAUAAGCACACUGACCUUCAAUUUGUUUUGCAAGCAAAAUUUUUCUACAAUGUAGACUGCCCUCUAGUGGGAAGGGAGCAGUAACAAAUUGCCUUGUGUUACUCAAAGCAUCAGCACAAAAUCUUGAAUAAACCAUUUAGAAAUAAAAAGUUGUAGAAAAGAAGCACAUUUUCCAAUUUAAUUACCACACAACGCAUUAUAAGCAUUCCAAAGACUUUUUAGAUAGCCUCUAGGUAGUUAAUUAAGAGUGAAAAGGCAUAAAUGCAUUUUAAUAUGCAAAUGUUUGCGUGCCGUACAAAGACAUCCUUCAGAGAAUCCUCCACCAUUCCCGUUUGAAUACUGGAAAGUAUAACCUCCCUAUUUUGUUAUAAAAUGUUCUUUAUUUAGUUCUAGUAAUCAAGUGACAGGUGCAAAGACUUCUUUAAAAAACACACAUCCGAGAUAUUUAUGUGCCAUCAAACUUUAUUGUCGUCAUUUAUGGUAACUGAGAACAUUUUAUAUUUUCCAGAACCUUCUGUUUUGACAUAGCUCAAUUCUAUCGCGUUAAACGGUACACUCCUCACCAACUGUGUGCCCUUAAAAGAGGUAAUAACCGUAUGUACCCUGUGUGACUGCUCUGGUACUAGCUGACAUGUUGAAACAAAGCCAAACCAAAUCUUAAAGUACUGUCUUUGUAAUUUAACUGCCCCUCGUUCCUAACCCCAACCCCCAGAUGGAUGGGUCUGUGCGAAACUGUGCCAUCUUACUGGCAUGCUGUGCAGCAAUUAUAACGUUAAGAAACGUUAUAAUUUUCGUUCUUAAUUACAAUUAAGAAUCACUAUUGAUACCCCCAGGGACAACCACAACCCUCCCUCUAUCUCAAAAAAAGAAAAGAAAUAUAUGAAAAAGUAUGUAUAUAUGUCUACAUAAUACCAUGCCUUCUAAGUUAAAGGAGCUUGACUAAAAUUUCCACAGAGGGCUACUGAAAAAUUCAUAAUAAUGAAUUCAUUUCAUAAUUCACUUCAUUUAUAAACUCAAUGAAUCAUUUGAAUUUAUGAUGUGUUUUUUUGUUUUCUUUUACAUUGUAGUGUUUGGCAUGAUUUUACCACAGUAUUGAUGAAACCCAGCAGGGGUUUCCCAAGAGCCCUUUACAACACAGAGAUCCCUGUUUCCUGACUUACCGGCGUUCGGCAUAGCUGUGGCCUUGUGUGCCUGCUAACAUUGUACUGUAAAAAGCAGAUGCCCUGUAAGUCCCGGAUAAAGGUCAAAGAGGGUUUUUUUUUGCCAGGGAUGGAAAAGAACAUGAGGGCAGAAUGCUGUAAGGGGACUGAUUAGAUAUCAUAUGUUUGUGGGCGUUCACUUGUCCGUCCAUAGACUUUUCCCACGGUUCUGUCCUAUUGCCGAAUGUUUGACUCCAUCCUUGGUUGCUGCUCCACCCUCUUCCCUGACUGUUCAGGGCCUUGGCACACUCCUGCAAAACACUCUCUGGUCAAUGAACAACAGGGCUGAGGCUUAACAAACAGAGAUCCUGACAUGAGAACUUGCAAUGAGGUACACUGCCAUGACUAAAAGCUCCAAUGUGCGGCUGGGGUCUUCCACCCUUUAGCCCUGCAUUAUUGAGGACUGUUGGGUGUACAAGGGUGAAGCAAACAGCCAGCACACCAGAUUGAUGCACAUCUGUAUGCAAACAAUUAAGUUCUUCAUUUUUUCAUUAUAUCAACUAGAGUAGUUUCUCUGCUUAGUGGAGGAACAGCCAUGUUAAUAGGUAGAUGAGUGAUUAAUAAAAAUAAAAAAAAAGAAAAAUAGCCAAUAGAGGUGUUCCUCAGGACCAACAACCAAGACAAUUGACCAAGCUGACUCAGGGGUGUCUCAAUGCAGUUCUCAUCCCCAGGCAUAUCCUUUACGGUCUGCAUUGUUUAUUUUCUUUGCAUAUUUCAUCCUCCUCUGCUGGGAAUAUACCUCUCAGUUCCAGUUUGCACUUUUUCUUUCAAAAAGAACUGUUGUUUUAAAUUAGAGGAAGGCCCUAUUUUGUGGUAGUUGGCUGCCUGGCGGGCAGUGCAUCCUUUCUAAACACUGCUGACCUUUUCCAGAGGUGGACUCAUGUCCAAAUCAGGUGCAAAUACACUGUGACUCAUUUUCCCCCCUAUCUGUCUGUGUCUAGGUGGGAUAAGGCGAUAAAGGAUGGCGAUGGGCUGUACAACAGUAUUAACAUAGCUCCACAUACAAGAUUAUGUUAGACUGGGCUGGAUUUCAUUUUCUGGUGCUUGUUGUAUAAUGCAGAUUAUCUAUGCUUGUGUAACUGUGUCAUUAAAAUAAAAUUAACAGCAAAAUAAAUCAUUUUAAAGACUAUAAUGCAAAUGUACAACUCUAAAUUUUUAUGAAACACAGAGUAUAUUUUACGUAUUUCUACCAAACAACCGCCGUUCUGCCACAUUCUGUAACCAAUGAUUAGCCAGAUAAUAUGUGGGUUUUAUUUGUUCUUUAUAUUUUUCCAAUUAUCUUUAAAAUAUACACAGGUCUCAAGAGCUAAGGUAGACACAGGGAAGUUAAGGAUGUUUAUUCACAGUAAAGAAAAAAAUAAACAGGAUUCAGGAUGAUACAUAUUAUACCAUAGCUGACUUUAUGAAAAAAUCCUCUUCAGAGAUCUCAGUCAGGAUUUUUCUUUUUCAAUGCCAGAACUCCUGAUGGCCGCAACACACAGCAAGAACAUAUGAACAAGUUUGUUCGUCUCAGUCCUUGUUGUGCCUUGUUACCUUGGGUGCUUCAACCCAGCCAUGGCAGCCAGGCACGCAAACAGUGAUGCCAGCGUCUUUCUUCUGUUUUUCCAAUAUGCUAGACUCACCUAGACGAUUAACAAGAACAAACGGGCUGACUUUUACAGUGUUGUGCAAAUGUAUCCAUACCUCUUCUAGUAUUUCACAUUUUCCCAAGUCCAACUAUAUACUCAGUUGUAUUUCUUUUUUGUUUUUUUUAUCUGAUAGACCGACAGAAAGUAUUGUGUAAUUGUAAAAUGGAAGGAAAACAUGGCAUUUCAAAUGAUUUACAAAUACAAUUUUAAAAAGUUCUUCAGAUAUUUAGAUUCAGUCUGUUUUAGACUAUUUGUUUCUCUGCAAGCCUUUUUGGCAACUUUAACAAUAGACUGAUAUGUCUGUUCAUUCUCCCAUGUGAAAAAGUUCAAACUUAGUUAGACCGGCUGACGCGCAUCUGGGAGCUUCCACUUUCAGGCUUUGCCACAGAUUUUCAGUUUUAUUUUGGUUUACACUGUAAUUAUUCCAACCUAACUCAAUCCUUCUUUGAUCAAGACUAUUUAGCACUGACUGUACUUUGUCCUCAAGAUCUAUCAUCCUGCAGGUCCUACACUUCUCCCUUCUCCAACUCACCUGAAUCAAAUGGCUCAUCACCAUCUUCUAGCUCUGCCGAGUUCUGGUAAAAAGCCGUUCAUUUAAUUCACGUGUGUAGAAGCAGGGAUGCAUCUAAAUGUUGCAGGAUAGAAGAUUUUGAGGACUGGAGUAAGAAACCCCAGCAAGCUCUAACAGAUUCACUUUCACAGUUGCCCUGUAUUGAGCUUCAGCCACAGAAAACAUCCGCACAGUGUGAUGAUGCCACCACCAUGUCAAAUUUGGUCUCUUUUAACCAGAGCACUUUGUUAAUUCCCCCAACUGAGGAAAACUGCAAUGAUUUGUGAAGUGGAUGACUAACAGAAUCUAUCUUGUUGACAGAUUCUCACAUCUAAGCUGUUGAUCUGUGCAGCUCCUCUAGCGGUCGUGGGCUUUUUGGCUGCACUCUGACUAAUGCUCUGUUUACCUAUCAAGUUCAGGUGUGCCUCCAUGGCGCCUUUUGUUCAUUGGCUUUUCUUUGUGGGGUUUUUUUUUCAAUAAAUCUCUUAAACCUUCACAGAAGACUUGGAUUUAUACUGAGAUUAAAUUAUAUUAAGUUGAAUUACUUACUUUAUUCAUCAAUCAUUUGGAAAACAAUAGAUUAUUUUCCUUGAAUUUCACAUGAACAACUUUGAAUUGCUUUGUCUCAUAAAAUCCCCAUUAAAUACUCCUAUGUUUCCAGUUGGGACAAAAGUCAUAAAUUAAAAGUGGAAUGAAUACCUUUGCAAGACACUGUAUUGUGACCAUUUCGCACAUAGCAACUGUGAGCUUAUACUUGCCUCUGAAGCAUAACGUUUGGACUGUUUGUGAUGGAGAUUUACAACACAAACCAGCCACGAUGUUGAAAACAAUAUGGUCAACGAUUGUUAAGUACUUUUGUUGAUGCCUUUACAUCUUCUUAUUUCUUGCAGUUAUGAAUACUUUGUUGUGCCAAGAAGAGAACUUCAAGCAUUUUUGGUGUUUCGUGAAAGCAUCCUCCAGCCAAAACAACAAGGCCUGUGGUACAUAUAGGAGGAGGUUGAUGACAAAAUGUGUAAAAAAAAAAAUGUGUUGUGUUGGAUUUUUUUAUGAUAAAACAGGUAGAUUACUAUAUUGUUUUAAAAUACCCAUAUUUUCUUCCACUUCCUAGCAUGAAUUUUAGGUCUCAUUGUCAGGUGAACCUCAGCAUUUAGCAUGUCAGUGCUCAAAAGUCAGUUUGAUUUCUCAUUAAUGUGUAGCAGCAGACCAUUGUAGUGUCACUAGUUGUGACUGGUUUAAGUCACAACUAUCGUUUUUAACAAAAGGGAAGGAUGUUGGGAUAGUAAAUCAGUGCGAUUAUGUUUUUGUUUGUUUGUUUUGUUCCUUCUGUACCUUUUGUCAAUAACCUGGUGCUGAAAAAAAAACACACAUUUAAAAGGUGCUACCAAGGUGGACUUCAGGGUCCACUUUUUGGCUUUCUGAGAGCAUACACUUGCAGUGAAACCGAGAAAGCCUGCACCCUCACAAAAUUGCAGUCUUUGAAUGCUCUGCAGCCAGCACCUCAACUCCACACAGUUUACAGCAGAACUCAAUUCUCAAUGGUGCCAUUUUAAUUUCUCAACCUUCACAAAAAAAAAAAGACUACAGUUCUUACUGCUUGAAUAAUGUUUAUUCUACUGAGUUCAGCAUACAGUGGGGAUUUAUUUUGCAAUAAAUCUGUCUGCACUAGGAUUUAAAUUCUUUUGCUCUGAGAGAAUGAAACAGAUGACAAAGUGUAUCCUUUCAGCAAAAGCAAAGGAGCACAAGUGUACAUCUGCCAUUGGACUUUGGGUUAAAAUAUAUAUAUAUAUAUAGAACGUGAUUGCUGUGUUGUAAAUUCUUGUCACCUAUAUGUCCUUUAUCUGUAUGUAUCUAUUUUUGUUUUUAUUCUUUUGCUAAUUGUAGAAUCAGCUGUAAUAUUUUCUUCAAAAAUGAAUUUGAUAUUCCGACAGAGCAACUAUGUCUUAAUAUUGCUGCUGAUUUUUUGGAAUUGUCCUGAAAAGUGUUGGGAAUUUGGCUGUGUUUAUAUUUAACCAACCUAUUGAUUGUGUUAGCUUGUUGGUGUGUUCCAUGAAUACUCCUGAGGGGUAUAUGAUUUUUCUGGGGUAUUCCAAAACUUUGUCAUUAAAUCUGCUACAUAAUGUAGCGUCUUACGAUUGUGGAAACAUUGCAGCCUAUGUUGUGAGAGAAAAACAUAUACAAAGGAAUUUCUUUGUUGUUGUUAAAUAUAAAAUGUAAGUAAAUUGUUUUAAUGAAUCCCCAUUUCUUUGAAAAGAAAAAAAAAAGCAAAACUGAUGUCCAGUGUUGUACUUACACCCUAUUUUUGGGAACAAUAUGAAUAUUAUUAAUAACAUAUGGUGCUAAAGUUAUUUUGUAUGUUUUGGUUUUUAGAUGAAAAGAGAAAUAUUAUGCUGAAAAUGUAAUGUUAAGCCUUACUGUAGAUUCAUAUAUCAGACUGUUCAUCCCAGAAGAGAAAAAUAAAUAUAGUAUUUG